GUCAAUUAUGGUCACAUUUAUUUCAUUUUAGGUUCAAGUUGGUAGUACUAUUAUAGCUUAUGUCACACUAGCUGAUUUUAGGAAGGAGCCCUUCCCCUCCAACCAACACUGGCUAAUGAAACUACAGUCUAAUCUUAAAACUGACAAUAUUGAAAUAAAGCCAGCGUCUGAGUCUCUCUUAGCUACACUACCAGCGAAUGAGACUGACGUUAGCUCAGUUUUUGUCAUUAAGGGGAUCACCAUGGGAACUGCUAUCCUAUUGUUCAAUGCUACCACCACAGCUGGUAAAGUAAUCUCAAGCCCGCCAGUGGAAAUACAGGUAUUUGAUGCUCUAAAGUUGGAUCCUACUAACAUUACAUUAAUACCAACAGCAACUUAUCAGAUAAUGAGUAGUGGUGGUCCUCAUCAUAAAACUGAUAUAGUCUAUUCAGUUGAUAAAGACUACAUUGCUUCUGUUGAUUACAGUGGACUCAUACUAGCCAUUACACCUGGACAUGCUACUGUCACUGGUACUGCCCAGUCGAGUGAGCCAUCAGGUGGUUCAGUGUUCAUAUAUUCAAGUGAUACAGUCAAUGUUAGGGUAGUCAGGUUGAGAGGAGUCAGGAUAGUUAUACCAUCAACUACACUAGUCACUGGAGAAGAGCUGUCAGUGUAUGUGGAAGGCACUGGAGAUGGUGAGACUCCAUUUUCAUUUGCUUCUUCUGUCCCUGGGCUCACCUUCUACUGGUCAGUGUCUAAUAUGGACGUCAUGUCACUCCUCUCUGUCUAUGAUAAUGCUGGUAUAUCACUUGAGAAUGAGAAGGACUUUGCUGCUCGUCUCCGCACCAGGAACCCUGGCUGGGGCUCUAUCAAAGUGACAGUAAAGUGUCCACCUGGUGCCUGUAUACCUGAUGAGGCUAGCUUCACUGAUGAGAUCACAGUCACUGUGUUUGCUAAGCUGAGACUCAUCACUCCCUCAGACUCUCACUUCUUGUUACCUCAUAAUGGACAUGCUAAGAUAAUAACUAACAGGGAUGGGGUGUCAGAUAUCAGUUAUGAGCUGGUUCAAGGUUGUUCUCUUGAUGAAGGAGAGCCAGUGGUACGCCUCUUGCCGUCUGGGGACAUCUUUACUGCUGGGUUUAACGGACAUGCUGUUGUCAUGGUGACAGCUCACGAGACUGGUAUUAGGUUGAAUCAGAGUAUCAUUGUUCAUGUGGAGGUUCGUCCUCUUCAUAGUUUAUCUCUAAUGUCCCUCUCUCCUGCUAAAGCUGUCCUUCACUCCAAGAAGCACUCCUUCCCUCUUGGCUAUUCCUCUCGUUUUGUUGCUCGUUUGCACGACGCUGUGGGCCGGGCUUUUGACUACGCUAACAUUGAUCUCUCGUAUCGCCUCAAUCGUCUUGAUAUUGUUCACGUUACUCGUGGAGUAGGCAAUGAUACUUAUAUUAUAAAGGCAGCAAGACAAGGGAAUGCUAUACUCAAGGUGUGGGUGAAAGGCAGUCCUCAUAUUUCAGAUUAUAUUAGAGUGACUGUUAGUUAUGCCAUUAUACCAUCACUGGCCACUGUUCACUUGGGAGCUAAGAUAUGCUUUACCACACACCUAACUGAAGAUCAUCCUGAUAGUAGUUGGGAGGCAGGUGGUAAAGGAGUCAUACAGUUCAAGGACGGCACUAGUGUAGCUAGAGCUGUUGGUACUGGUAGAGCUGUAGUCUAUCAUAAAGUGGAGGGAAUGGUGGAUACUCAUACUGAAAUAUCUGUUGCUACUGUUAAACGUGUGUACAUCAAUGUUUCUUCUUCUCUACCAGUCUUCACUAAUGCUCAUCGGCUGGAAAACCUAGGGCAUUACCUGGUACCUGUUGAGUUCAAGGAUGAACAUAAUGACUCUGAUUUUACACUAUUACAAGCUAGCACUGACAAGAACUGUCUUAGUGAGAAUCAGCAAGUGAAGGAUUGUGUGGCUAACGAGAGAGGCAGUCCUGGUCUAUUGUACCUACAACAAGUAUCUUUUGAUUGUAUUCUUGAGCUACGAAACGAAGGGAACCUCCUACCCACGUCCAAUUACAUCAUAGCCCGCUCUUAUUUUGAUCCCCUCACAGGUUCCAGUGCCUGUCAGUUGCUUGAGGCACCAGGUGAUGCUGAGAGUUCUAAAUCCCUCUCUCUCAUGUCUGGCCUCUCCCUUAGUCUGAGGGUGAAGGCUAGAGACUUUGAUUCUUCGUAUGAGGUUUGGUCUGAGAGUGUUUCGGUACCGUUCCAACCUUCCUUCUCUCUUGACGUUACUAACGUCACUCUCACUUCUCUACAACACUCUCUCCCUCUCUCUAUAUCAGGGACACCACAAGUACUCCAGUCUAUACAAGUAUCCUGCCCUCAUCCUUUUGUCCUAACUAGACAGUCACUAACAAGUACAACACUAGUCUACACUGUAUCACUAGCUGAUACUUAUAAUCCACCAGUCACUAAUGUAUCUGAUGUCGUCAUACAAUUGACAAGUACCUUAACACAUCAGAGAACUUUAUUGGCUUUGUUUUAUGUUAUAUUGUCAGACAUACCAGAGGCUGUUUCAUGUCUCGUUCAAAACCAGAGCAAUGCUACCCAACUGGACAUGAUACAGGACUUAUACAAGAGGUGGAAUCUGGUCUUUGUUGUUGUUGCAACCGUCGUCAUGUUUCUGGUGACCAUUGUCGUCUGUAUUGCCAUUCGCCAGUCGUCCUCGUCUCGUUUGCCAACCGGUUUUGCUGCUCACCUCCCUCCACCUGUCUCCUCUCCUCAGCCGUCCUCCCCUGCUUUUAAUUCGCCACAAACCACACCCACUACCAAACCCAAUCAGUUCAGUACCCCCCUGUGGAGUCAGUCCGGGGCUGGGGCCGGGGGUCAGUCCUCGGCUUUUAAACGGACAGGGGGGACUAGGUAUCCUCAGCACUCGCCAAACAGAGCAUCACCUCAAUACAGCAUGUUCUCGCAGUGAGUCUACCAAUGAGAUUUAAUGUAUGCCUCUCUCUCUCUUCCGACAUUCUCUCUCUAAGUGAUUCCUUCAUCCUUUAAUUGUAACUUUUAUUGAACUCAUCUCUCUCUCUUUCCCUCUAGUACGAUAAAUUAUUCUGUUAUUAUUAUUAUUAUUAUGUUUAUACU